UCUAGAACGCCAGCCCUUGUGUUUGAGUACAUCAAUAACACAGAUUUCAAGGAUCUGUAUCAGAGACUAACAGACUUUGAUAUCCGGUUCUACUUGUAUGAACUUCUCAAGGCACUGGACUACUCUCACAGCAUGGGCAUCAUGCAUCGGGAUGUCAAACCUCAUAAUGUCAUGAUAGACCACCAGAUGAGAAAGUUGCGGCUUAUAGAUUGGGGUCUUGCUGAGUUCUACCAUCCAGCACAGGAAUACAAUGUAAGGGUCGCCUCAAGAUCAUAUAAGGGACCAGAGCUGCUGGUUGACUAUCAGAUGUAUGACUACAGUUUGGACAUGUGGAGCUUAGGCUGUAUGUUAGCCAGUAUGAUCUUCCAGAAAGAGCCAUUUUUCCAUGGUCAAGACAACUAUGACCAGUUGGUCAGAAUUGCCAAGGUUCUUGGAACAGAAGAGCUAUUCAGCUACCUGAACAAGUAUCACAUUGAGCUGGACACACGUUUCAAAGAUCUGCUUGGCCAUUCCUCUAUAGAUCCUGUGCUGAAGGGACAGCCUCUGUCAAACUCAGAAGGCGCUCUGGCAAUAAGCAGCUCAACCACAACAUGAUGGGCUAAAAGCAGGAAAACCUUUUUACCUCAACAUGUCGUGCAGAGACAUGCUGCCUUUCAGGUGUGAAGCUUCAGUUUACUGGAGCAAGAAGUUAUUAAGCAACACAAGACUUGUACAGAAUGAACACAAUGGGCUGUAGUCCCUCUCCUACAUUCACUUUGUAUUAGUGCUGCUU